GCAGGAAAGAGCACUGUGUAUGCAAUGAUAUGUGGUACAACUUCAGUGACCAAGGAUCAUCACGCAGCAAGUUGAGGACGUCCAAAUAAGAGCGACAAAUAGAAGACAGAUUCGCCUGGAAAUUCCUAAAUCUCAACAAGAAAGACUUAUUGGACUUUUUGAAUUGCUUGAAAGCAAAGAAAAGGAAUUACAAAUAGACGGUUUUGGUUUGUCUACAAAUGCUUUUGAAGAAGCUUUUCUCAGAAUAGGCGAGAAGAAAGACUACACUCAACAGGAGAGUCAAGAGAUUCUGGAAUAUCUGCGCUGUGCAAAACUGCAAGAAGAUACUUUCUAUCGACUACUACAACGAGCUCAGUAUAUUUGGUUGAAGAAAUGCUGGGAAAAUAUCUAUAAUAUACCUCUAACAAUCGAUCAAGUACAGUCGUCGUUUGUUAACCUAACGCAACAAAUAACGCAAACUCAAAUUGCUCGUAGUGGGAAUACUGAUUAGCAUGUUGAACGUUUAUUACCUCUAUUAAGUAUCUCUAUCUAUUACCCUAAUUUCACGCGCAUAAGGCGCGAGGGAUUUCUUUCAAAAUCGACCAGUCUAGACACGCC